AUGACUCGCUCUCUGCGUGGGUGCUCUGCUCUGCUCCUCACUGACCUUUCUGGUGUAUUGCUGCUGUUGCUGCUGUACUCUCCACUUAUUGAACACAGACACGCUAGGAAGGAAGGAAAACAAACGCUAAUCGCUACUGUGAAAUUCAAAGGCACUGAAAGGACCAACAGCACACACACACAUAUUUGUAUGCUCUCACGUGUUGCUACUCUCAUGGCACCCCGCACACACCACCGUCGCCGCGUGACCGGAUCCAGCGGCAGGAGGAGGGAAGGAAGAGAGAGUGAGCCGCCGAGGCCCAACAUGUCCCGGCGUGUGUUUGCUUUUGCGGUGCUGCUUCUCCUAUUUGUGAUUAUGAUUUGCUGCGGCAGUGGAGGUGCACACGCUGUGGAGAGCAAGUCAAGUAUUGCCAUUAAUCCAUUUACAGGGACGACAAGGAUAGAUGCUACUUGGAAGGACGUUGGGAUCAAUACCGAAAGUGCUUCGCUCCGCGUUCCCAGUCUUGUUGAUUUGCAGGGUCAUUUAUUUGCUAUUGCUGAAGCCCAUUGCAAGGAUGGAGGCAAGUGCAGCGAAGUCGGCUUUGCUGGGAUUGCGUCAAAGUACCUUGGUUUAAAUGUUGGUUCUGGUUCAACGGAGAUCUCGACUGCAGAUGCAAGUAUCUUUGGCACAGGUCUUCUAAAGGAAGAUUCUGGGGGCAUCCACACCGCAAACGGCAUAACGCGACCAACGACACUUGUACUUGGGGAAAGCGUUUACGUGCUCCUGGGAAAAUACAGCCAUACAGGGCCGCAGGUUGGGGGUACGAAUGAGCGGGGCCUUUUACUCGUGAAGGGAACUCUCACUGACGAGGGUGGAAAGAAGAAAAUUGUGUGGAAUGAGACCCAUGUGGUGAAGCCCCAGGGCAUAGUAUAUUCUCAUUCCUUGACCGAGUUAAUUGGCGGUGGAGGAUCGGGUGCUGUGAUGCGUGACGGCUCGCUUGUGUUUCCCAUGCAGGCCAAAAACAAGGAUGGACAGAGCGUUUUGCUGUCCAUGCGUUUUAACCCGUCGGAGAACAAAUGGUGGCUUUCAUCCGAAGUGACUGGUAACGGCUGCAGGGAUCCAACCCUGGUGAAGUGGAGAGAAGACGAAGACGACGAAAGACUUUUCAUGAUGGCUCAUUGUGCUGGAGGCUACUAUGACGUUUACAGGUCCACUUUGCAUGGAAUCAAUUGGUAUGAUCACUUAAAACCAAUUACCCGCGUGUGGGGCAACUCACACAAUCGAAAAGGGUACGGCGUCCAGAGUGGAUCCACGACAGCAAUCAUUGAGGGAAAGGAAGUGAUGCUCAUCACCGCGCCGGUGUAUCCGAAGAAGGAAAAUAAAGGUGGAAAGGGUCGGCUUCAUCUUUGGGUGACGGACACGGCACGUGUGUAUGAUGUUGGGCCGGUAUCCCGUGAAAAUGAUGACGCCGCCGCCAGCUCGCUGUUGAUGAAGAGUGGGAGGGAUAAUAAGGAGGAGUUGAUUUCACUGUACGAGAACAAGAAGAGCGACGGAUCAUACAAUCUUGUUGCUGUGCGUCUGACCGAGAAACUGGAGCGGAUAAAGGAAGUUGUGAAGACAUGGAAGGAUUUGGGCAGCGCCUUGCAAUACUGCAGUUCCGGUUCCAGCGGCAAUGUUGACGCGCUCAGAAAGGACAUGUGCAAUGGUCCUGUUCCCACUGACGGGCUUGUUGGCUUUUUGUCUGGUAACUCAACUCAGACCGAGUGGAGGGACGAGUACCUCGGCGUGAAUGCAACAGUGACGAAUGGGGAGAAAAGGGUUCCCAAUGGAUGGACGUUCCAAGGACCCGGGGCAGGGGCGGUGUGGCCUGUUGGCGACAUGGGGCAGACUGUGCCGUACUACUUCGCUAACACCGAGUUUACUCUUGUGGCGACGGUGUCUAUCCACGAGGUGCCGCAGAGUGGUAGCAUUCCAUUGGUGGGUGUGAGGAUGAAUGACACCGACAGCACGGUGCUUUUUGGUCUGUCGUACACCCAUGACAAGAAGUGGUUGGCCAUACCUGAGAAUCCUGGUGAUCCGGAGGAUUUUGAGUGGGAGCCAAACAAGACGUAUCAGGUGGGACUGCGAAUGGAUUUUGAAGAGUGGAGUGUCUUUGUGGAUGGAAGGGAAAUCCACAGCACGGAAUAUGAUGAACAUCUGUUUGACUUCCACAGGAUUUCACACUUCUACAUCGGUGGGGACAGUAAGAACCAAAGUGCAACGGGCGGCCGCGUGACGGUGACCAACGUCAUGCUGUACAACGAGAUGCUAUACAAUAAUAAGCUGUAUGAACUCUAUGCCAGCAAAGUCAAUAUUCCAUCACUGAGCGUUGAGGAAAAGUCCACAGAACAGGUGACCAACACAGACGCUUUGGUUGCUUCCGAGUCAAAGAGUGAAGAAACCACCGCCGCCAGCCACGAGAAAUUGACUGGGGAUGAUACUGAAAAACAAGAGGAAGGAAUCGUCCAUAAUCUGGUGCUUGCAGCGCCCUCUUCCACGGUUGUCGCGGGAUCAUCUGUUCCUGAAUACGCCACCGCAGCGGAGAGCGCAGAGAGUUUUCAUCAAGAGGACAAUGCCCAGCUUUCCGAAGGCGAAACGUCUCGGCAAGCCACGCUGAAUGAAGCGAAGAAAUCGAUGGCGCGAAGUUCAGAUGUGCAGAAAGAAGACCUACAGUCAACGGAAUUAACGGAGGUUGCUGAUGUUGAAGGAUCCGCUGAAAGUUAUGAUGCACCACAGCCGGAGGAGGAGGGAGGAGCAAAUGACGGGAGUGGCGGAUUAACGCCUCCAGUGGCUGCGUCAUUGAGUAUGGCCGCUGCCACUGCACCAGUGUACGGUGAGCACCAAGUGCAACAAAGCGUUGAGCUUGCCACUGAAAACGACGACGUGCGGUCCACUGGAACCGGAACCACCGGCGCGGAGGAAAGCCUCAGCCUCGAGGCGGGGGAAAGAAAUUCCGAGAGAACAAUGAACUCAGACAGCAGCAUCACUCCUUCAAAGAGUGACGCCGAACCUACAUCCGCGGAGGACACCGACAACAUCUCUUGGACUGAAAGGGCUGAAUUUUCCGUUGAAAACGGCAAGGAGGUGCCACAGACGGUCGUCCCCGCACCGGGUAACACAAACACAACGCCUGGAGAAACCAUGAUCUCAUUGGAGUCCAACGCAACAGCACCCUCGGACGCUGGCAUUUUGCCUGAGAACGGGCAUUACAGCGAGUUGGCGGGCAUGGCUCUAUUUGCUGAGAGCACCGUGCAUGGGUGUGUAUUUCGGGUGUUGUUGCUGCUGCUUCUGGGGCUGUGGGGCGCUGCGGCUCUCUGUUGA